CGGGUCAACGUCCUGGCUGGGUUUAAUAAUGCUGAUGACAUUCCUGCUUGACAUGGAUGCUUGGUGCAGAUGGGAGCAAAUUUUCACGUAACAUGCAUCUAGUUCCAGAAUGGGAUCUGGUAACAUUUUGUGGAGUUUGGCAAAGAAUUACUUCACUGUUGGGCUCAUAGGGCUCACCAUUUCAGAUCGAUAUGCUAGUGUUGUUCCAGUGCGAGGCACCUCUAUGUCUCCCACCUUUAAUCCCCAAACCAGUACCUUUUGGGGAUCAUCCAUUGAUGACUGUGUUCUGGUAGAGAAGUUUUGCCUUGAGAAGUACAAAUUCUCCCAUGGCGAUGUGGUAGUUUUCAGCUCCCCAAGUAAUCACAAGGAGAGACUGAUAAAGAGAAUUAUUGGCUUACCAGGCGACUGGAUUGGCACUCCUCAUUCACAUGAUGUGGUCAAGGUUCCAGAAGGACAUUGUUGGGUCGAGGGAGACAACUCACUUUCUAGCAUGGAUUCAAAAUCUUUUGGCCCGAUUCCUUUGGGGUUAAUUAAUGGAAGGGUUACCCACAUUGUAUGGCCUCCUCAAAGAAUAGGUGAGGUUGAGACAAGAAUGCCUCAGGGCAGAUUUUCUUCCUUCUAAUCAAAUUUCAAUGGUGGACUAACUUUGCUCUGGAUCAAUGGUUGCUGCAUUCUUUUAUCGGUUACAGUAUGUAUUGCUCUCAGUUUCUUUCAUGUUGCAGUGAUAUACAUUCCUACUUGAAAUUAUCAUUGUUGUUGUCAUUGUUGCUAUGGUUAUUAUCAAUUUUGCCACCCUAAAUGAA